AUGCCUGAAUCACUGGAUAUGGUAGUCGAUCAACAAGACAACCUUCAUCAAGAUGUUGCAUACCCUGCUGUUGUGGACGAUAACACAUCACAAGCAGAUUCUGAUGUGGAUUCCCAAAGAGUAGCAUCAUCCAAAGAAUCAACGCCUCUUCGUACAUUCAAGGAGCCUUCUCUUUACGAAACUCGUGUCAGGCGUUAUAGAUACCUCUUGGGACAAACUGAGCUAUUCGCUCAUUUCUUGAACCUGACUGAAGUCAAAGACGAUGCUAUGAAGGCAGUUUUGAAAGAGAAAGAGGAGCAAAAGCUGGUUGGAGAAGGAGAAGGAUCAAGACGUAGAAGAAAGACUGAAAAGGAGGAAGACGAGGAGAUCUUGAAGGAUGAGCAAGGCGAUGAUGAGCAAGACAUGACCGUAUUCACGCAAUCUCCUGCCUACGUCACAGGAGGUACACUAAGAGAAUACCAGAUUCAAGGCUUGAACUGGAUGAUCUCCUUGUUUGAGAACGGUAUCAAUGGUAUUCUUGCUGAUGAGAUGGGUUUGGGUAAGACAUUGCAAACCAUCUCCUUCUUGGGUUACUUGAAGCAUGUGCGUGGUGUUAAGGGUCCACAUCUAGUUGUUGUUCCCAAAUCCACUUUGCACAAUUGGUUAAACGAAUUCAACAAGUGGGUGCCUGAUUUCGAUGCUUUUGUGUUUCACGGUGACAAGGACACCAGAGCCAAAAUGAUCAAGGAACGCAUCAUUCCUGGUAAAUUUGAAAUCUGCAUCACCUCUUACGAAAUCUGUUUGAUGGAGAAAUCACAAUUCAAAAAAGUCAAAUGGCAAUACAUCAUUAUCGACGAAGCUCACCGUAUCAAAAACGAAAACUCCAUGCUUUCACAACUCGUUCGUAUUUUGGAAUCUAGAAAUCGACUGUUGAUCACCGGUACACCACUCCAGAACAACUUGCAUGAAUUGUGGGCCUUGCUCAACUUUUUACUUCCCGAUGUCUUUAGUUCGUCAGAAGUAUUUGAUGAAUGGUUCGAGAAGCAAGGUGGCGAUCAAGAAAAGGUGGUGGAGCAACUGCACAAAGUAUUGAGACCUUUCUUGUUGCGCCGUAUCAAGUCUGAUGUGGAGAAAUCAUUGUUGCCCAAGAAGGAAAUGAACGUCUAUGUGCGCAUGUCUCCUAUGCAAAGACAAUGGUAUCAAAAGAUUUUGGAAAAGGAUAUUGAUGCUAUCAACGGUGUUGGCCUCAACAAGCGCGAAGGCAAGACUCGUUUGCUCAACAUUGUCAUGCAAUUGAGAAAGUGCUGCAAUCAUCCUUAUCUGUUCGACGGCGCUGAGCCUGGACCUCCCUUCACUACAGAUCAGCAUUUGGUGGAUAAUGCUGGCAAAAUGGUGGUACUCGAUAAAUUGCUCAAGAAAUGCAAGGCCCAAGGCUCCCGUGUUCUCUUGUUUAGUCAGAUGAGUCGUGUGCUUGAUAUUUUGGAAGAUUACUGUUGGUGGAAGGAAUACCAAUACUGUCGUAUCGAUGGUCAAACCAGCCAAGAAGACCGUAUUGACGCUAUUGACGAAUACAACAAGCCUGGCAGCGAAAAGUUCAUCUUUUUGUUGACGACGCGUGCUGGUGGCCUCGGUAUCAAUUUAACUACGGCCGAUGUAGUUAUUCUGUAUGACAGUGAUUGGAACCCCCAAGUUGAUUUGCAAGCCAUGGAUCGUGCUCAUCGUAUCGGUCAAACCAAGCAAGUCUAUGUCUUUAGAUUUGUCACUGAAAAUGCCAUUGAAGAAAAGGUGCUCGAACGUGCUGCUCAAAAGUUGCGUUUGGAUCAAUUGGUUAUUCAACAGGGCCGUAUGUCUGCUGGUGCCAAGGCAAAGGCUGCUGCUUCCAAGGAGGAUUUGCUUACCAUGAUUCAACAUGGCGCUGAGAACAUCUUCAAGGACAGCGACGCUGCCGAUGAUGCUGCUGACGAUAAUAUUGAUGAGAUUUUGCGCCAUGGUGAGGAACGUACUGCCGAAUUGAACAGCAAAUACUCCAACCUCCAAAUCGACGACCUCAAGAACUUUUCAUCCGAGAGUGCUUACAAGUGGGAUGGUGAAGAUUGGAGUCAUAAGCGUAAGGCUGAGUCUGUUGGUUUGUCAUGGUUGGGUCCUGCUAAAAGAGAACGAAAGGCAAAUUAUGCUGUGGAUGAUUAUUACAAGGAAGCUUUGCGUACCAGUGCUCGUACACCUUCUACCAAAGCACCUCGUCCCAAGAAAUACAACGUGGAGGACUUCCAGUUCUUCCCCUCUCGUAUUUCUGAAUUGAACGAGCGUGAUACACUCUACUUGCGAAAGUCACUGGGUUACAAGCUUCCUCCCAUUUCACCCGAAGAAGGAGCCACCGAAGAGGAAAUCAAACAACUGGAAGAGGAAAGAGAAGAGGAGCAAAAGAAGAUUGAUGCUGCUGAACCACUCACUGAGGAGGAAGAGGAAGAGCGCAAGAAUCUGCAUGCUCAGGGAUUCUCCAACUGGGGCAAGAAGGAUUUCGCCAUUUUCAUCAACGCUUGUGCCAAGUACGGACGUAACGAUUUAGAAUCUAUUGUUACUGAAUUAGAAGGCAAGACAUUAGACGACGUUAAAAAGUACUCCAAAGUGUUCUGGUCUCGUUACAAGGAGAUUUCUGACUACGAACGACACAUUUCCAAGAUUGAAAAGGGAGAGAGCGAAUUAGAAAAGCAAGCUGAAAUCCAAGGACAACUCACUGAAAAGGUGCAGCGCCAUCGUGUCCCUCUGCAGCAACUCAAGAUUCAUUAUACUCAACCUACCAAGGGCAAGAACUACACAGAAGAAGAAGAUCGAUUUUUGGUUGUGAUGCUCGAAAAGUAUGGUUAUGGCACUGAAAAUGUCUAUGACAAUAUUCGUCGCGAAAUCAAGCAAUCCCCACUCUUUAGAUUCGAUUGGUUCUUAAAGUCCAGAACCUCGCAGGAAGUUGCUAGACGUUGUAAUACCUUGAUCAGUUUGAUUCAAAAGGAAAAUGCUGAAUUCGAGGAGCCAGAGGAGAAGAAGCCUCAACCAAAGAGUAAAGGUGGUAGAUCUAAAUCAAGCACACCUGUUGCCACAUCUAAUACUACUACUACUACUACUACUACAACUAAAUCAAAACGUCGUUAG